AUGAUAUUUUUCGGCUUGCUUCUUCUAAUACCGAUACCGGGUGUGGAAACCAAAGAGCCGCCUGUUAAGUGUGAAUAUUCGGAUGAGAAAAAAGUCAGCGAGUGUCUACAGCCUAUGCUGGACUACGCUACAAAACUUCAAGCUGAAACUGGAGCUAUGCAAUUCCCACUUCAAGGGGGUCAAGUGUUCAACCAGUUGUGCUCGAUCUACACUGAUUUUAAGCCCCCCACCUCCAACAACCUAUACAUUUGGAACAGUUCAAAUAUAGAAUGUGUCUCCUCAGUUCGCUGUGAUUCUCUAUCAAUCGAUGCGGUUCACGCUUCCUACAGUUAUAUGUGUGGAUCUGGUCAACCGUUGUUCCAGAAGCACGCUGGAUGUUUUGCAGAGGUCGAAGCUCAAAAAGAGUACAUCAGCUGUAAAAUCGCAGCAACUCAAGCGAUUUCGGAAGCACAAGGCGCCAAAGGAUCGUCCACAGAAGCAUAUCUCACGGAAAUGUGUCGAGCAAUGGAUGGAUACUUGAGAUGCUCUCAUCCAAUUAUUCUGGCAAAGUGCGGUAACGAUGCGUGGACACUUGUUUCGACGGUCACCCGCGACAGUCUUGGAGUCACGAUGCCCAAUUGCGACAUGCAUAAAGCUCUUUUUUAA